AUGGGAGACGCCGAGUACUCAGCCCGAAGACCAUGGCUUUUCGAUUUGCGGUCAUCAAAGCAGCUUAUUGGACUGGCUGUCUUUGCCACAACCUUCACCGACGGAUUUCUCUAUGGAAUCGUCGUGUCCGUCCUUCCCUUCUCUCUGACCGUCCGAUCUGGGGUUCCAGAAUCCGAUGUUCCAUUCUGGACCUCCGCCUCUCUGGCGGUCUUCGGAAUGGCAAUGGUCUUGAGUGCUCCGAUGACAGGAUGGAUCGUCAAAAAAUGUGAAAGAAGACAGAUACCCUUCCUCGGGGGUCUCUCUUGUGCGUUCGGGGCCACUUUGUUCUUCAUGCUGGGAACCGAUCUAUGGAUGAUCAUCGUCGCAAGAGUAUUCCAGGGUCUAUCUGCCGGGGUUGUCUACACUGCUGGACUGACGCUGUUGGUGGAUACGAUUGAGUCGCACGAGCUAGGACCCUGGAUUGGAUUUGGACAUUCAGGAAUGAACUUUGGGGUUCUUGUAUCACCCACGCUCGGGGGAAUUGUCUAUGAGAAGGCCGGGUUCUAUUACGUCUUUAUAAUGGGCUUGGCAGUUGUCUUUAUCAAUUUGAUGCUGAUUCUACUCAUCAUUGAUAGAGCAGCCGCUGAGAGAUAUAGGGCGCAGAUGAACCCGGGCCAGGCUCCGGUUGCCCCAAAUGAGAUGUUGAUUAGGAAAUCUAUUGCAAGAGGCAAACGACGACUAUCGCGCGUGGAAGAUGUCGAGGUGGAUGCAACCACGCCAUUGAUUUCCCAUUGCAGAGAACAAUCAACCAAAUCUGACCGUGAUCCCACUUGGUGGUCCAUUGUUGGUGGAUUUGUUCGAAACCCCCGGAUCGUCGCUGCCCUUUACGGAUGCCUCAUAAACACCAUCCUGGUGAGUUCUAUGGAUGCUGUUUUGCCUAUAUUCGUCAAACAAACAUUCCACUGGCUGUCUGGUGCGACUGGUGCGAUAUUCUUGAAUUUGACUAUUCCUUCCCUCAUUGGGCCGUUUAUUGGAAUGGUCUCAGAUAAAUAUGGCGUCCGCUUGAUAUCCGUCAUCGGCUUCACCUUUGCGGCCGUUGGAGUGGUUUUUCUUGCCCUUAUAAGAAAUGACGAUACUGCAAGCAAGGUCAUUACGUGCUUUCUACUCUUCCUUGUUGGCGUUGGUCUCAAUACCUCAUUGACACCUCUGGUCACAGAGAUACCUCGCAUUGUUGACUUGCUCCAAGACGAGGAGCCUGAAGUAUACGGAGAUCAGAGUGCAGUUGCUGAGGGUUACAUGCUCCUUGAUGCUGUGUUCGGUGCUGGAACUGUCCUGGGACCCCUGAUAUCGGAGCUUACCUUUGAACAACUGGGAUGGACUGGAUGUACAGCCGUGCUGGGGAUGUUGAGCGUUUCGGCCAUGAUACCCGUGGCAAUGUAUUUGGCUCCACACCAAAAAGGGCCAUGA